CUCACUUAUUGCAAUGUCCCAUUUAAAAGCUAGAGAAUCAUAAAGUCUAGAAAAAGGGAACGCUUCCUUAAAAAUACCUUCCCUUCUGAAGGUGGGAGGUGGGAGAACAGGUGAGAAAGGAAGAACAACACUGAGAUGAUAACAACAAUGAAGGCCAUCAACACUAACAAUUACGGCAAUUGAAAGAGGAAAAAAAAUAAAGCGAAGUAUAGGGCUCUCUCGCCAUGCGGAAAAGUCUUGGCAAACACAAAUCGUACAUCUAUCCCCACCUUCGCUCUCCUCUCUUCCUGCUCUCCCCUCCCAUUGCCUCUUCUUAUCUCUUUCUCUCACCUUUCUUCCUCCUACCACGGACAGCAAUCAUAAUAGAUUGUAACCGCAAUGGAUUCUUUUACUCCUCCCGACUUCUCCUAUCACCAACGGUCAGCGCCGGGUAGAUCACCCGCGCAAGAGCGCAUGAAUCAAACUACCAGGCGCCUGGAGGAUUCCGCAACGAUGUUUGGACGCACAUCCACUAAGAGCUGUGUGCGGUGCGGACGCAACAACAAAUCUGCCAUACAUAAGCAGUUUUUCUGGAAAUGCACGGGAUUCUGCCGGCUGUGUCAAAAACCGAACGCCCAUAUUGGCAGACUUUGUCCUCUUCUGGGUGCUCCCGAAUAUGCGCACAUAUUCACUCCUGCGUGGUGGCAACAUUCCACCAUCCUAGCUGGCUAUCCGUACCGCGGUAUCCCACCAGCUGAUGAUGGAGACGAUCCCGGAGCGACUGCCACGAACCAAUUUGGCGCGCGCCGUGGAAGCAGUCACGACAACGCCAGCCCGGCUCAAUCACCUCCGCGCACAGGAGAUAGCAAUCUGGUGAUAGCUGCAAUUGAUGCGCUCAUGGAGGAGCUUUCGAGGGCUGGAAUUCACAGAACCGACAUGCUGAUGGAUAUCAUUGACCAAGUCAGAGAGUUGGAGGCCAGAGUAAAAGAUGCUGAAUCUCAGAGAGAUGCAGCGCACUAUGAGGUGAACCAGCUAACUAUUGCUGCUAGAUACGACGCCCAAGAGAUAGAGGCGUUGCGGAAACAUAUUGAUAUGGUCGAAUCUGAGAGAGAUGCAGCGCGGCGCGAGGUGAAUGAGCUGAACAAUGCUGCUAGAACCUUUGUGGCCAGACAGGCCCAAGGCACCCGAGAAAUCGCCCGAGAAAUAGAAGCGAUGCAGGACCGGAUUCCUGAUUAUCGAAUCUAAGAGAGAUGAUGUACGGCCAUGGGGUGACCCAGUUGACUACAGCUGCUAGAGACGUCAGACCCAGUGACGCCAGACCCAGUGACGCCAGACCCAGUGACGCCAGACCC